AUGACCACGGUGGCCACCACUGGUGGCCACCACCCGCCGGUGGAGCCCACCGUCGGUCGCCAAGUUGUCGGGGACCUCACCAGCCACCAGCCACCCUUGGAGGCCACCACUGGCCACCAGCAGAAGGUGCUGGCCACCACCGAGGACCAAAUGACCUCCUGGGUGCCCAUGGGCCACCAGCCAACGUUGGAGGCCACCACUGGCCACGAGCUGAUAGCGGAGGCCACCAGCAAAGACCAAAUGACCUCCUUGGUCCCCACUAGCCAACAGCCAACGUUAGUGGCCACCAGUGGCCACCAACCACCUUGGAAGACCACCGUUGGCCAACAACCGCCUUGGAAGACCACCGUUGGCCACCAACCAACUUUGAAGACCACCGUUGGCCACCAACCACCUUGGAAGACCACCGUUGGCUACCAAUCACCCUCGAAGACCACCGUUGGCCACCCGUCGCCUUGGAAGCCCACCCAAGGCCACCACCCACCUCGGAAGACCACCGUUGGCCACCACCCGAGCCCGGUGGCCACCACCCAGCUCCUCAUGGCCCACCCGGGGGCGACGCCGGCCCCCCAGAGCGGCUCGUGGCGCUGGCUAGUGGUGGCCGCGGUGGUGGCCAUGCUGGUGGCCGCCAUCUUGGUGGCCUGGUGGCAUUGCCACCGCCGGCGCCACUCGGGCUCCACGUCCUUCGGGCCGUGGGCCGGCCCGGCCUUGGUGGCCGAGGACGAUGGCGGCGGUGGCACGGCCGCGGUGACGCAGCCGCUGGUGGCCACCGUGGCCACCAUGCAGCAGGAGACCACGCUCAGCACCUUCCGGGCCACCGCCGGCUCCGUGGCCAUGGAAGAGCUGCCAGGACCCAAAGGGGAAGAAGCCCCGGCCAAUGGGGAUCCUGGGGCUCAGGCCCCGCCCCCUACUUAGCCCCGCCCCCGGCAGUUAGCCCCGCCCCCUUUAGCCCCGCCUUGUCCCCACCCAAGGGACCCGGGUGGUCUCCGUCCCCAAUUUUGUGUCCCCUGUCCCCAAUUUUGUGUCCCCCACCCUAAAUUUUGUGUCCCCCUCC